AUGCCGUCGUUGAACAAUUCGUUUGUUGGCGGUGCAGCCCAACAAGUGGACAUUCCGCAGUCGAUAAGUACACGAGAAAUAUUUAAGCGUAUUAUUGUGAUAACUAUCCCGCUAAGUUUUGCUCAGCUCGCACAGUUUUCUAUCAAUGUCUCUGUGAUUGCUGUUGUUGGGAGUUUGGGUGUUAAUGAGUUGGGCGGUGCUUCAAUUGCAUACGGUCUUAUUAAUGCCACGGCAUUUGGUUUUGCUUCGGGAUUUUGUGGGGCACUGGAAACGGUGCUUUCCCACACAUACGGCAGAGAUCCAAUGAGUAAGUUGUAUGGCAUUUACACUCAACGCAUGUUUCUUUUGUUAAUGAUUGUUGGUCUUUUUCUUUCCCCAAUUAUUCUGUUUGCCGAUCGAGUUCUGCUGCUUCUUGGGCAGAAUCCUGAUGUGAUAGUCUUUACAGGACAGUACUGUCGUAUUUCGGUGUGGGGUAUUUUUCCCACCAUGGUGUUGGAAUUACUGCGACGUUACUUUGCAUGCCAGCAUUUAUCUACUCCUCUUUCCGUAAAUCUUGUGGUGGGCGCAGUUCUUUUUCCAUUUUUACUCAUUGCGUGCGUUCACGCUAUGGGGUUUGCUGGGGCACCGACGGGUUGGUGCCUGCUCAUGACGCUCAUGUCGGGCAGUCUCCUGCUCUAUCUCAUCGUGACACGAAAGUACAAAGAUACCUGGGGUGGUUGGGACGAUGCCGCCUACAGGAAUUGGGGACCACUUCUCAGCCUUGCCAUUCCAUCUAUGGGAAUGAUGUUUAGCGAAUGGGUCUCACUGGAGAUCAACAACAUAUUUUCGGGCUUUGGCACUCGUGAGGAACUCGCAGCAUUUGGUAUAACAUUUCAGUUAUCGGGUAUCUGCUGGGCAUCUGCCUCAGGGACGUUUAUUGCAGCCUCCGUGUUGGUGGGGAAUGCCAUUGGAGAAGGAAAACCCUUGUUGGCACGUCGUAUGGCAUUUUGUUGUUUAUUCAUGACCGUCACGAUUGCACUGCUUAACUUGAUUGUUGUUUCCCUCGCAAAGAAUCUCAUUCCACGUAUAUUUACGGAUGAUAAAAAGGUCAUUUCAAUUGUUCACUCGUUACUGAAGUAUUUUUUUGUCUAUCACGUCUUUGACGCAUUUCAGAGCGGCGUCAUGGGCGUCCUACGGGGGUGCGGAAAGCAGAAACUUGGCGCAUAUGUUAUUCUCCUCGUGUACUCCAUUGUGGGUGUCCCGUUGGGUAUUAUAUUGUUUCUUAAAACCGGCUUUGGGAUUGGGGCACUGUGGUUUGGCCCAGCCUUUGGUGUAAUGGUGGCGGGGUUUCCUGUAUACAUGUACAUACUGUUGUACCACAUCAAGUGGGGAGAGUUGAAGGCACACACGGAUAGUCAAGAGUUGAGCGGUGUCAUUGUGGAGGAGAAUGUUGAUGAAGUGCUCGUGUGCAGCAACGAUUCAAGCGAGAAGAGCGAGAACGGCGAAGAAGGCAACAGUAAAAAUGAUGACAAGAAGACUAUUUUAAAUGGCAAAACAUCUCAAAAUAACACCCCGACACUUACAAGAUCGCCCUCACCCCAACCGAUAGGGCGACAAAAGCGAUAUCAGGUAGAGACAAACGUCGCACGGGAGGGCACUGAAUGA